GUGGUGACAGACUUUCUGAAAGACUCAGCUGCUGAUGCUGCAUAAUUGCUAACCCAGAUUUGACAGCACUGCACAACCAUCUGAGGCCUACCUGUUUACUCUGAUACUUCUACAACUAACUUGCUUUGCAGUAUUGCAAAUAACAGAAUCUACCUCAACCAUUUGCUUUCAGACUGUCAUACGGUCUUACAUUUAACAAUGGGUGACAAAAGAACAACAACAAUAUUCAAACAGGAACAGCCUCAAAGUUGGUGUUGUUGGCCAAGUUGGUGUUAUUGGCCAAGUUGGUGUUGUUGGCCAAGUUGGUGUUGUUGGCCAAGUUGGUGUUAUUGGCCAAGUUGGUGUUAUUGGCCAAGUUGGUUUUGUUGGCCAAGUUGUUGUUGUUGGCCAAGUUGGUGUUGUAGCAAGCAACAGGUGACAUACAGAAUUCCAGCUCUUCUCUAUAUCAGUGAAAAUAAAACCUACCUUGCCUUUGCUGAAAAACGGAAAACACCAAGUGACACAGAUGCAGACAAGCUUGUGAUGAGAAGAGGAUGGAAGGAAGACAAGAAAAACAUAAAGUGGGACAGUGGGCAUCAGGUGCUCUCUUCAGCUUGUCUACCAAACCACCGCAGCAUGAAUCCAUGUCCAGUCUAUGAGAGAGAAUCUAAGACCAUCUUUCUGUUUUUCAUUUGUGUUCCUUAUGGGGUCUCUGAAGCUAGUCAAAUUGAAGCAAAAAAGAACCAGGCACGGCUUUGUUACAUAACCAGUCAGGACAAAGGCAAUAUCUGGAGUGAUAUUACAGAACUGAAAGAUGUGAUCAGUGAACAUGAGAAAAACUGGGCCACCUUUGCUGUUGGACCAGGACAUGGUAUUCAAAUGAAGGACGGAAGACUGAUUAUCCCAGCACAUGCUUAUCGGUACACAGGCAAACCUGAUUGCACAUCAUGUUGUUGCUUAUCGUUUUGCUGUUUCACUCCUUAUGCCUUAGCAUUCUACAGUGAUGAUCAAGGAAUCACAUGGAAGGUGGGGAACCAAAUGGAUGUUGAGUCGUGUGAGUGUCAGAUGGCUGAGAUCAUUGACGAGAAUGGUAAGAGUACUCUGUACUGCAAUGCCCGAACCCGUCUUGGCUACAGAACAGAGGCGCUGAGCGACAACUCUGGAGAGAAUUUUAGCACAGUUUUAUCCCCAAGCAAGCUGAUAGAGACCGGAAAGGGAUGCCAAGGGAGUGUGUUGAGUUUUCUAGAACAGAGUAGUCCUCCAAAGACAUGGUUGCUCUAUUCUCAUCCAUCCAAACCAAAAAAAAGAGUAGAUCUUGGUCUCUACUUGAAUAAAACCCCAGUGGAUUCCUCAGGGUGGCCAGAUGAACCUAUAAUGAUAUUGCAUCAGGGUCCCAGUGCGUAUGCAGAUCUGGUAGAGCAUGAACCUGGAAGCUUUGCUUGUCUCAUGGAGUGCAGAAAUGAACAUGAGAAUGAAGAAAUAGCCUUUUUGCUGUUUGAACUCCCUGUGAAAAAGCUGUAAAAGUGUUCAUUUAUAGUAGUGGUAGUACCUGCAAAUGAAUACAAUACAUCUAAUCACAACAAAUCCAUAUUUUCUCAGUUUUUGUAGCUGAAAACUGCUUCUAUAAAUACUGAUUUGGAAAAUGGGAUUUAUAUGGAACCAAACAAAUGCAUUAUAUAUACACAUAAUUAGAAUAAUAGUCAUUAUCAGAUAUUUAUAAGUUAUAAGUAUAUAAUUAUUGAACAGAUCUAACGAUUACACAUUCAAUUUAUACAAUAGACAAUCUGAUGAAUAUAUGGAUUUAUAUCUCUGAUUUGCUUUCGAUGCAUUUGCGGCAGAGAUAUUUAAAUAAACUUUCAAAUAACAUGAA